AUGGAUGGCAAACUGACCCAAGAUGGAUCCCAUAAUAUAGGUGUUGAAGAUUCCAUCUUGUGGUCUUUCCUUGCUCAAUUUCUGAAGUGGCUUACCACGAGAAAUACUCAAGAAACACACAGACAACAAGAUUCCAGAAAUGGUAGAUUGGCCAUCACCAAACUUGAUACCAGCCAAGUACAACACAGACAAAGAGUAGGCGGAAAUCAAACAGUUCAAUGCCAAAAUCUUGUACAUUUGGAUGGUAGAAACCAACGCACAACGACCUUGACGGAUAAUAUUUGUAACAGAGGACACAUUGGCCAAUUUCGACGUGAAAGGUGCGGCAACAGAAGCGUCACCCAACUUCAAGGUUGGAACAUCGUCCUCAUCGCCAGCAUCAGAAACGGAAUUCAACAAGCUGUCAGCAAUCUUACUGGCACUAACCUUUCCCUUUUCAUCCUUCUCAAAGACAAUUGGGAGAACGUCAUUCUU